AUGGCGGGCGGCGCGCGGCUGCUCGGGGUGUCGCUAUUGGUGCUGCUGGCGCAGCUCGGGCCGCAACCCGGCCUGGGGCGGCCGCGAGAGCGACUCCGCGUGCGUUUCACCCCGGCCGUGUGCGGCCUGCGCUGCAUCCAUGGGCCCACCGGCUCCCGCUGUACCCCGACCUGCGCGCCCCGCAACGCCACCAGCGUGGACAGCGGCGCGCCCGGCGGGGCGGCCCCCGGGGGACCCGGCUUCCGCGCCUACCUGUGUCCUUUGAUCUGUCACAACGGUGGUGUGUGCGUGAAGCCCGACCGCUGCCUCUGCCCGCCCGACUUCGCUGGCAAGUUCUGCCAGUUGCACUCGUCGGGUGCCCGGCCUCCAGCCCCGGCCAUGCCAGGCCUCACCCGCUCCGUGUACACGAUGCCACUGGCCAACCACCGCGACGACCAGCACGGCGUGGCGUCCAUGGUGAGCGUGCACGUGGAGCAUCCGCAGGAGGCGUCGGUGGUGGUGCAUCAAGUGGAGCGUGUGUCCGGCCCUUGGGAUGAGGCGGACGCCGAGGCCGUGGCGCGGGCGGAGGCGGCGGCGAGGGCGGAGGCGGCGGCGCCCUACACGGUGCUGGCCCAGAGCGCGCCGCGCGAGGACGGCUACUCGGACGCCUCCGGCUACGGUUACUGCUUUCGGGAGCUGCGCGGAGGCGAAUGCGCGUCGCCGCUGCCCGGGCUCCGGACGCAGGAGGUGUGUUGCGGAGGGGACGGCGCGGCCUGGGGCGUUCACGACUGUCAGCCGUGCUCCCAGCACGUGGGGAACGCCCACCGAAUGGGCACCCCAGAUGGACCUUGCCCAACGGGCUUUGAAAGAGUGAACGGGUCCUGCGAAGAUGUGGACGAGUGCGCGACCGGAGGGCGCUGCCAGCACGGGGAGUGUGCCAACACGCGCGGCGGGUACACGUGCGUGUGCCCCGACGGCUUCCUGCUCGACUCCUCCCGCAGCAGCUGCAUUUCCCAGCACGUGAUCUCAGAGGCCAAGGGACCCUGUUUCCGCGUGCUUCGCGAGGGGGGCUGCUCACUGCCCAUCCUGCGCAACAUUACCAAACAGAUCUGCUGCUGCAGCCGUGUGGGCAAGGCCUGGGGUCGCGACUGCCAGCUCUGCCCACCCUUUGGCUCUGAGGGCUUUCGGGAGAUCUGCCCAGCUGGCCCUGGCUACCACUACUCUGCCUCUGACCUCCGCUACAACACCAGACCCCUGAGCCAGGAGCUCCCUCGCGUGGCCGUCAGCCGGCCACGUGUCCCACCUGCCACUGCUCGGCCAUCCACAGGGGUACUACCCACCUACCGUCCAGAACUCCGGCCAGAGCCUCACCCUGAGCAGCCCAGCCAUGAACGGCCCUUGCCUAGCAUCCCUGCCUGGACUGGUCCUGAGAUAACGGAUUCAGGUGCUGCCCUGGGAAUGUGUCAGCGCAAUCCCCAAGUCUGUGGCCCAGGACGCUGCAUACCCAGGCCCAGCGGCUACACCUGCGCCUGCGACCCAGGCUUCCGGCUCAGCCCCCAGGGCACCCACUGCUUGGACGUGGAUGAAUGUCGCCGUGUGCCCCCGCCAUGUGCCCCCGGGCGCUGUGAGAACACACCGGGCAGCUUCCACUGCGUGUGUGGCCCCGGUUUCCGAGCUGGUCCCAGGGGUGCUGAGUGCCUGGACGUGGACGAAUGCCACCGCGUGCCGCCGCCGUGUGACGGUGGGCGCUGCGAGAACACGCCAGGCAGCUUCCUGUGCGUGUGCCCUGCCGGAUACCAGGCGGCCCCACACGGAGCCGGCUGCCAGGAUGUGGACGAAUGCACCCAGAACCCAGGCCUGUGUGGCCGAGGCGCCUGCACCAACCUGCCUGGCUCUUUCCGCUGUGUGUGCCCGGCUGGCUUCCGGGGCUCGGCAUGCGAGGAGGAUGUGGACGAGUGCGCUCAGGAACCUCCGCCCUGUGGGCCGGGCCGCUGCGACAACACGGCGGGAUCCUACCACUGUGCCUGCCCUGCCGGCUUCCGCUCCCGUGGCCCCGGGGCCCCCUGCCAAGACGUGGAUGAGUGUGCCCGCAGCCCCUCGCCCUGUGCCUACGGUCGAUGCGAGAAUACACACGGCAGUUUCCAGUGCGUCUGCCCCACAGGCUUCCAGGCCAACGCUGCUGGCUCUGCGUGCGAAGAUGUGGAUGAGUGUGAGAACCACCUGGCAUGUCCCGGGCAGGAGUGUGUGAACACACCUGGCUCCUUCCAGUGCAGGGCCUGUCCUGCUGGCCACCAGCUGCACCGUGGCAGGUGCACAGACAUAGAUGAAUGCAGUUCUGGCGCCCCGUGCGGUCCCCACGGCCACUGCACUAACACUGAAGGCUCCUACCGCUGCAGCUGUGCGCCAGGCUACCGGGCACCGGCGGGUCGGCCCGGGCCGUGUGCAGAUAUAAACGAGUGUCUAGAAGGAGACUUCUGCUUCCCUCAUGGCGAGUGCCUCAACACCGACGGCUCCUUCACCUGCACCUGCGCCCCUGGCUACCGACCUGGACCCCGUGGAGCUUCUUGCCUUGACGUGGACGAGUGCAGCGAGGAAGACCUUUGCCAGAGCGGCAUCUGCACCAACACCGAUGGUUCCUUCGAAUGCCUCUGCCCGCCGGGACACCGUGCCAGCCCGGACCUCGCCUCCUGCCUCGACGUGGACGAAUGUCGCGAGCGAGGCCCGGCCUUGUGCGGCUCGCAGCGCUGUGAGAACUCUCCCGGCUCCUACCGCUGUGUCCGGGACUGCGACCCUGGCUACCACGCGGGCCCAGAGGGUACCUGUGAUGAUGUGGACGAGUGCCAGGAGUACGGCCCUGCCAUCUGUGGAGCCCAGCGCUGUGAGAACACCCCAGGGUCCUACCGCUGCACCCCAGCCUGUGACCCCGGCUAUCAGCCCACACCAGGAGGCGGAUGUCAGGAUGUGGACGAAUGCCGGAACCGGUCCUUCUGCGGUGCACACGCCGUGUGCCAGAACCUGCCGGGCUCCUUCCAGUGCCUCUGCGACCAGGGCUAUGAAGGCGCGCGGGACAGGCGCCACUGCGUGGACGUGAAUGAGUGUGAGACGCUGCAGGGGGUGUGUGGAUCCGCCCAAUGUGAGAACGUGGAAGGCUCCUUCCUCUGCGUGUGCCCCAACAGUCCUGAGGAGUUCGACCCCAUGACUGGACGCUGUGUUCCCCCACGGACCGCUGCCGGUUCAUUCCCAGCCUCCCAGCCCCAGGCACCUGAGAGUCCCAGCCUGCCGGCCAGGCCGCCCCCACCAGCCCCGCCCCGGCGGCCCAGCACCCCCAGGCAGGGAGCCGUGAGCAGCGGGCGCCGCGAGUGUUACUUCGACACAGCAGCCCCAGACGCGUGUGACAACAUUCUGGCCCGGAAUGUGACCUGGCAGGAGUGCUGCUGUACCGUGGGCGAGGGCUGGGGCAACGGCUGCCGCAUCCAGCAAUGCCCAGGUCCCGAGACAGCGGAGUACCAGUCACUGUGCCCCCACGGUCGGGGCUACCUGGCACCCAGCGGAGACCUGAGCCUCCGGAGAGACGUGGACGAAUGCCAGCUCUUCCGAGACCAGGUGUGCAAGAGCGGUGUGUGUGUGAACACAGCCCCGGGCUACUCGUGUUACUGCAGCAACGGCUAUUACUACCACACACAGCGGCUGGAAUGCGUUGACAACGACGAGUGCGCGGACGAGGAGCCAGCGUGCGAGGGUGGCCGCUGUGUCAACACCGUGGGCUCCUAUCACUGCACCUGCGAGCCCCCGCUUGUGCUGGACGGCUCGCGGCGCCGCUGCGUCUCCAACGAAAGCCAGAGCCUCGAUGACAACCUGGGGGUGUGCUGGCAGGAAGUGGGGCCUGACCUCGUGUGCAGCCGUCCCCGGCUGGACCGCCAGGCCACCUACACCGAGUGCUGCUGCCUCUACGGGGAGGCCUGGGGCAUGGACUGUGCUUUCUGCCCAGCUCAGGACUCAGAUGACUUUGAGGCGUUGUGCAAUGUGCUGCGGCCGCCGGCCUACGGCCCCCCUCGGCCCGGUGGCUUUGGACUCCCCUAUGAGUAUGGGCCAGACUUAGGGCCGCCUUACCAGGGCCUCCCAUACGGGCCUGAGCUGUACGCACCCGCCGUGCUGCCCUACGACCCCUACCCGCCGCCGCCCGGGCCCUUCGCCCGCCGGGAGGCCCCCUACGGCGCGCCCCCCUUCGACCUGCCCGACUUUGAGGACGACGGGGACCGCUACAGCGAACCCGAGGCUCCGGCGCGCUCCGGUCCGGGCGCAGGCUGGCCCUACCGGUCCCGCGACACCCGCGGCUCCUUCCCGGAGCCUGAGGAGUCAUCGGAGGGCGGAGGCUAUGCAGGUGCCCUGGCCGAGCCCUACGAGGCCCUGGAAGAGGAGGAGUGCGGGAUCCUGGACGGCUGCGACCACGGCCGCUGUGUGCGCGUCCCCGAGGGCUUCACCUGCAACUGCUUCGACGGCUACCGCCUGGACAUCACGCGCAUGGCCUGCGUCGACAUCAACGAGUGCGACGAGGCCGCGGCGGCGUCCCCGCUCUGCAUCAAUGCCCGCUGUGUCAACACCGACGGCUCCUUCCGCUGCGUGUGCCGCCCGGGCUUCGCGCCCACGCACCAGCCGCACCAUUGCGCGCCCGCGCGGCCCCGCGCCUGAGCCGCGCGCCCCAGCUGGCCGUCCCGCUGCGGGUCCCUGGAGAACCGGGACCUGGGCCCUGCGCCCUGCUGCGGGCCCCUG